AUACAAUCGAAGAGAUUGGAUGAAAGUUUUUGGUGGCUCUGAUAACCAAUCGUGAAGAUUUCUUUUAUUUCGUUGAAGUUUCUGAGAAUCUACACAUUUGGAAGAUAACAGAGCUGAUUUCUGGAGAAAAUUGGACUGAAUUCAUCUGCGGUUAGGCAGAUCAAUUUCUCACAUAUUCAAAGGAUUAGAAUGAGUCUGGAGAAUAGGCUGCAAAUGGCAUUAUUUUGUUGAAAUCCAAAGUAAAACUUGUGUUUAUACCAUUAAGACUGAAGCAAAGUUGUAACGGCUAAGGCUGAGUGAUUUUCAGGCGUGCACAAAAGAAUGGAGGACUCGUUAAGAAGCAACAAUAACAAUGGUAUCGGCAAUAGCACCAACUACAUCAGAGAUAGAACCGCCGGAGCCGGAGUCGACGGCGGACUGUUAAGAUCCAGCUCGGAUCCGGCCAAGCAAACGGCGUCUUCUUCUGAUUUCGUUUUGCAAUGGGGAAAUCGGAAACGCCUGCGGUGUAUGAAAAUCCAGGUCAAAGAGGAUCAGUCCGGACCGGUCAAUCGAACCACGGUUCGAGUCGACCGCCGAGUCGUGAGGGCUGACAAGGACUCUUCGAAUCAGCCGAGCAAUAAUAAUCACGGGAACGGGUAUUUUAACCUCCGUCAACGGCCUGCUUCCCCUCAAGCUCCGCCACUUCAGCGCGUUCUCAGGAACUCUGAGAAUUCCGGUGCUAUGAGAGGCCAAAGCAACGGAGCUGUAAGGGGAUUCGCUUCACCAGAUAGGGGUGCGCACGAUAAGAGAGUGGGUGGUAACAACCAUAACAAACCACCACCACCACCGUAGCAGCAGCCACAACAACAACAAAUCAGCGGCGUCU